CAUACGUUACCGGUAAUCCGAAAACGCCACCUAUGUUUAGUAUUCAUCUCCGGUGUAGGGUUUUGGCGGGAAAGGAAGGGGGAGAUGCAAUGGCGAACAAGCUGGUCAGAGAGAUGGGGCUGCCGGAGCCCAUCGCCGCCAUCUUCGCCGCCCGUAAUAUCAUCACCGCUAAGAAAUCGAUUCGUACAGCUGUUGAUGUGGGAGAAUGUUUACAUGAUUGAUUGCGUGCUCGUAGGAUGCUUUAUCAUUGACUGAGUUCGAGCUCAUGGAGUUGUUGGAUGUCGGUUUGAAAGAAGUGAGCUCUGCAAUCGAUCACAUAAGCAAAAUGGCGUCUCCUCCUCCGCAAACAGGAUUAUCACUUAUGGAACAGCAUAUCCAUCACGAACAACUGGGGGGCCAUCUUCCCACUCGUCUCAAAGGCCUGGAUGAGGCCCUAUGUGGUGGGAUUCCUUUUGGUGUGCUGACGGAAUUGGUUGGCCCUGCUGGAAUUGGCAAAACUCAAUUCUGCCUUAAGCUCUCAGUUUUGGCUUCGCUGCCAUCAAGUUUUGGAGGAUUAGAUGGCCAAGUGGUAUACAUUGAUGUGGAGUUCAAAUUUAGUUCAAAAAGACUGAUAGAGAUUGGAGCAAAAAGCUUCCCACAGGUAUUCAGCAUGAAAGGGAUGGCACAGGAGAUGGCUGGUAGGAUUCUUGUCUUGCGGCCGCAUUCACUCUCUGAAUUCACUGAAAGUCUGCAACAAAUUAAAGUUUCUCUUCUGACACAGCAAGUGAAGUUGCUAGUCAUCGAUAGCAUGGCUGCGCUUGCUUCAGGGGAAUCUGAGCAGGGAGUUCCUACGCAAAACUCAUUGGGAUGGCAUAUAUCUUUCCUGAAGUCAGUUGCUGAAUUUUCCAGAGUUCCUAUUGUAGUGACAAACCAAGUGAGGUCUCAGAGCAGUGAUGAAACUUGCCUGUAUACUUUCCAAGGAGGCAGGAGCAAAGAUACAAACGAUGCUUCAAGAUAUGAUUCUCAUCUCGUUGCUGCUUUAGGGAUUCAUUGGGCACAUUCAGUGACUAUUCGUCUCAUACUUGAAUCAAAAUCAGGAAGUAGGUUUAUAAAGGUGGCAAAAUCUCCCAUGUCGCCUCCUCUAGUUUUCCCUUUCCACAUAAGUUCAUCCGGUAUCUCAUUACUAGAUGACCACGGAGUAGAAUUGGUGGGACCGGACAUAAGCAGAAUACAUAAUCAAGGGCACAGCGAGAUUAUCAAUUUUUGUCGAUGAAAGGUUGCAUUAUUCCAUGAGAAGUGGUCUGGAAGCUACAUUGAUGUACUAGGCAUGCUUCCAAAGUACCACUAACUCCCAUUUUAUGCUUACGUUCUUCUGGUCAAUCUCGAUACUCUGAAGUGCCUGAUGCAUUUUAGCCAAGAUUUGCGAUGCUUCAUGUUAUGUUGUGGCAUGCAGUGAAUCGGUAACUAGCCUGUGACAUUGGACAGAACAAUUGCGCCCAUGUUUCGAGCUUAACAGGAUCCUAGAUUGUGAGAAUGCGUUGCCCUAAUCAAUAUCCCCAUAAUCCAAAGACUGUCCGCUUGACUUUCAAUUAGAUUGACUUGGCUCUAAUUUCGCAAUCUUUUUGGGCUUUUCUAUGAUCCGUCUAUUUGACACUUUUGGUCGACUUAACUAUUAUCGGUUGUCCAGUUUCUUCUUUGGGGGCCCUUUCUAAUAUUACUGAAGUGUUGUGGUAUUCUUUCUUUGGUAUUCUUUCUAAUAUUACUGAAGUGUUGUGAAUUUACUUAUUUAUUUAUUUUUAUUUUGGGUGUUUACCUUAA